AUGUCGGGUGAAGCGUGGCUCUACCUCUUCGCGGUCAUCAUAAAUGCCGUCAACCUGUUCCUGCAGGUUUUCUUCACCAUCAUGUACAGUGAUCUUGAGUGUGACUACAUCAACCCGAUCGACCUUUGCAACAGGCUCAAUGGAUACAUUAUCCCCGAGGUGGCCAUCCAUGGCUUCCUCACCUUUCUGUUCCUCAUCAACGGCUACUGGCUGCCGCUGAUCCUCAACCUCCCCCUCCUCGGCUGGAAUGUCAAGAAAAUCAUUGAUAACACGCACCUGCUGGACGCCACUGAGAUCUUCCGCAAGCUCAAUGUGCACAAGAAGGAAUCCUUCACCAAGCUCGGCUUCCACCUCAUCAUGUUCUUCUUUUACCUGUACAGCAUGAUUGUCGCCCUCAUCCGCGACGAGGCCCACUAA